UUUUCGGGGUUCUGGCAUGGAAAUGGUUUGCUGUUGCAUGGUUCAGACGGAGAUAGCGAUGACAACAAAUAAACGAAAUUCCAAAGGCACAUUUUGGUUCUCGGGAUGCGGAUGUGACUGUGGAGGGUAUUUUGGCCGGGCCCAACUGGCGACCGAAGUAUUUCAGAGGCCUCUCAAUUGUCAGUCGAUCGAUGUUGGAGAGAUUUUCAGCUGCGGUCGACUUGGUAGUCCAAAUACCUCCGUUUCCGGCGUCUUUGCUAUUCGGAUGGUCUGUCCAUAAAUUGAAACCGCCACGUCCAGGUCACAGUCCUCAAGGCGUGGUACACAGCUCUCCGAUACCAUCAAUCGAAAGACGUCCCUUAAAAAACUUACUCGAAUAUAAUAAUUUCCUAACCAGUUCCUUUUUUGGGGAGAGCUUUGGACAGCAUCAUAUCAAGAAUCAUCAUUUCGCAAUGGCUCCAAAAAGGAUUUUGGUCACUGGUGGUGCCAGAUUCGUCGGAUCUCAGCUUGGUCAUAGCCUUCACAAAUAAGGCCACGAAGUAACUCUACUCGACAACCUCAUGAUCGAAGGAACCACAUUUAGUCGUCUCAUUGUAGAAGAUCUCGGGAUUCACUAUCAAAACUCACUGCACACAUGUCUGGCGUAGACACCCUUUAUCACUUUGCAGG